AGCGAAAGGGUUCGAAGGUCAGAAAGCAUUUGGGGUUAUAUGAGCACCUCUGCUCUGCUGGCGGUAAGCCUGUUCCAGGGAAACCAACUAUUACCCGGUAUAUCCUUGAAGGAGUUUAGCGCCGAGGGACCUUCUUCACUGCACUUCUUUGCCGAUCUUCCUCGAUCGAUCCUCGAGGCGAUGGGCACAGUCACGCGCGCAGUGUCGGCGGCAAUGAAGCAGGCGGCGGCGGCGAUCAUGACACACCUCGUAGCCGCUCUUUCCGGCGGUACCUGUGCCUGGCAGGCGGACGCGGAAGGCAACGAGAGCCCGGGGGGCCGGAAGCCCGGGCCUGAGGAGACUAAGUGUUUGCCGAUGGCAAUUAAACCCCUUGGCUACCUUGCUCACUAGCCCAGACGAUGAUCAGGGCC